AGCCUCAUGCUACUGACCGGUUAGUUGAUCCAUUGUUUCCGUCUAACCCCUCUGGAUGUCUCUGCGGAGUGAAACAUCUUCCAUCUCCUUUUUAUUGACGCAGUGGCGUCUCGCUCUAUUUCUUCCACCAUGAGCACGCUUCCUCCAGAGCUUGUAGAACUGAUUAUCUAUGAUAUAUGGCACUCCGAAAUGCUUUCAUGGUGCCGCCAGUCUUUCAUGACGACUUGCCCACAGAUUAACCGAACGUGGAAAGACAUUUUUGCGUCUAUUGCUUCUCGAGAUAUGUACAUCACCAACCUUGGAUAUCUAUACUACCUAUGCGACGUAGCUCGCUGCAGAAACUCCAUUAUCUACGAUGAUCUCUCCCGACAAACCCGUACCAUCACUUGUUUCGUGGAUCUCCUACAAGAGGAAUUUGGAGACGACAAGGUUUUCAGCAUUCUGGCAAAUCUACCUAACGACGUGGGCUUCAGGGCGCUUUUCCCGCUCGCUGAAUUGAUUUUCUUCGAGCUCAGAUGGAUCGGCGGUACACGACUGGCAAAUGAUGAACUAGAAGUGUACGAUCUUCCCAUUCACCUUCGUUGCUGUCGGUACCUAUCUAAAUCUACGCAAAAAAACGAGGAAGUUCGGCUAGACGUGUGUGUUUCUAUCACAGACCCAGAUCCUUUUUCCAGGUUGUACCGCAGCAAUUGGUCUUCCACGUUCCUUGCAUUGCGCACAAUCUGUAUCCCUCCGAAACUGGUUUCCUCAGUUUUACCGUACGAUGGUCAUGCCAAGAGCGGUGCAUUACAUUUCCGUCAGACCGUCUACGUACAUCAAUCGAAGGGAGAUCUGGAAGGUAUUAAUCUACACUUGUGGAUGGCUGCCAAACAAGUCCACGGAUUCAGGUGUCUUGCUAGCCCCUUCUAUUACUUGAAAUAUCAUCUGUCGCAGUGGUCUUUACCUGUUCUGUACUCACCCUGCUACGACCACUUUUGGGGGACAGUAGGAGGUUGAUCUGGUAUACGUUCCAGCUUGCAUGUAGUAGUAUCAUCAUGGACAGGACAAUCUACUCUUUUCAAUUUUGCAGCGACGUGAUGAACAAUACAGAUGAGAAACAAA